AUGGAUGGAAUUAGUGGGAAGACAAUUUCGAUUGUCAUGAGCAACGACAUCAGGUUUGUUGGUGUGAUUGAAAAAGUCGACGCUGAAACAAAGAUCAUCAGCAUUCUCAACGCCAGGUCUUUUGGCACCGAAGUCAGAGUGCCAGACCCAAGUAAGUGGAUUUUGCCAAGUCCUGAGAUACAUCCUCGUAUUGAGUUGAACGGUGAUGUGGUGAAAACGUUGAACCUCCUUGAGAGUAACGUCGAAGACCUGAAGCCAGAACUCUUGCCUGGAAUGUACCAAUACAGCAUGCCUGGGUUUAAUGGUAUGCCACUACAGGGGAUGGGUGCUCCCUCUGGGUUUGAUCCAUCUGGUAAUGCACAGUACCAAUCGUAUUAUCCUCCACAGCCUGUGCAACAACAACCGUCGACACAAUAUUCAGCCGAACAACCAGCACAGCAGUCUCAGUCUACACAAGCUGCAACAACGGAAACAUCACCUGCUAAUACCGAACCACCUGCUGCAGCCAGUGAAGCUGUCGCUAGCGUAAGUACAGAGACACAAUCUCAAUUGACUACUCAAAAUGACGAGAAGCCUGCCAACCCUGCAUCGGAUGGCAAGAUGGGGGCUGACUUCGAUUUUUCUGAGAAUAACGCCAAGUUUGAAAGAGAUGCAGCCAAACCGACUUUAGACGCUGGCACCUCCUACAACAAGAGUUCCUCCUUUUUUGAUGAUCUAUCUUCAUCUAUCACUGACAGAACAGUAGAUCGUAUGACAUGGAACCAGGAAAAAACACUGAAUGAAGACACCUUUGGCCAGGCAAGCUUGAGAGGGCGUGGCAGAGGUAGAGGACGUGGAAGAGGCAGAGGUAGAGGCAGAGGCAGAGGUAGGGGACGUGGAAAUUCCAACGGAAGAGGAAGAGGUGGAUUCAAUAACAAUCAAAACGGCAGCACCUAUAACACCCAACCGGAAUGGGCAUUCUGA